AUGGGGAGCGAGGACUGGGCAGAGUUGCCGGUGUGGAAGAGCAUACAGGUGGGGAUGGUGAAGGGGGAAGGGGGAGAUUUAGGGGACGAGAGUGUAAUGGGUCCCUCGGCGCCCACUGCUACUGCUGCACGAUGUGUACUUGGCUGCACACGGGCGAGUGCACAACAGCACACAACCGCACCUAACCCCUCCCUCUUCCCCACCUCCUCCACCCCUCGGCUGCUGCUUCUGCACGAUGUGUACUUGACUGCACACGGGGCGAGGUUCAACGCCACGCAUCCCUUGCUGCUGCUGCACGAUGUGUAUUUGGACGCUCACGGGCGAGUGUUCAAUGCCACUCAUGCCUUUGACUACAACGCGUGUGCUCAGUUUGAUAGCUCCACAUUCACUUACUACGGUGGUGGCCCUACCAUCAACUCCACCGUCCGCAGAGGAAAGGCCAGUCAGAGUAUAGAGUCUGCCGAGUCUGCCGAGUAUACGCAGGGGAAUGCCAAGUUUGUUGAUCGUGGGAGGGAUGGCGUUAGCAGGAAGAGGGAGGCGCUUGAGGAAGCAGCUGAGGAAGGUGGGGAGGAAGGUGGGAAAGAGGCUGCUGCUACUGCUGCUGCUGCCGAAGCUUUUGCUGUUGAUGGUGCAGCCACUGCACCAGCGCUGUGGGCGGCCCAGCAGGGCACUAUGGCAGCGCCUGCGCUCGCUGCAUCUGCUGCCCAAGCAGCCGCCCCCGCUUCUGCCACCACGUGCGUGCUCCUCUCCCAGCUCACCCUGCCCUGCCAAGAGGCCCGCCUGCAGCAAUGGGCCGGGCAGGGGCGGGUGGUGAAGUACCGGCAAGGCAGCAUGCGUGUGGGGGAGCGCAGGGCCCUGUUUGGGAGAGCUCGCCUGCUGGUGGCGGCUCAUGGCUCUGUGCUGCCCAAUAUGGUCUUCAUGCCCCCGGACCUUCCCUUUCCACCCACUCCACUCACAAUCCCCCGUCCCAACCCCUCUUCCACAUUCUCCUCGGCCUUCCCUCCCGGAGCCACAGUCAUCAAGCUAUGCAUCGCAAGCGGCACCACAGUCAUUGAGCUGCACAUAUCAAGCAAGGCAGGCCCGUCUUUCCACCUUCUAGCCGACGUGUGCGGCCUCAACUACCACCAGCCAUCUCACCCACUCAACUCACUCUCCCCCUCUCCUCCCUUCUCGCCUCACCCUUCCCCCUCCAGGAGCCACAGUCAUCGAGCUACGCGUAGCGAGCGAGGGAGAUCCGACCUUCCACCUUCUAGCCGACGCGUGCCGCCUCAACUACCACCUCUUCCUAGCCGGCGCCUCUUUCAGCCCCUACGAGCCUUCCCACCCGCUCAGCCUCGCCACGCAAAGGGUGCAGUUGCACCAACCACGGGUCCUGCUCCGAACACUCAGGGCAGCGGUGGUGCGAAUAAAGAGAGAAUGAAAGGAGAAUGA